GAUGUUAAAAAAUAUUUUAUGGAUAUGCUGGACCCUAGCCAUAACGUAUGCAUUCCGCAAAGUGAAAGUGGAAAAAAGCCCCCCGGUGAAGGGCUCCCUGGCUGGAAGAGCUGUUCUUCCUUGCUUCUUCUCAACCUUGCCUACAUUGCCCCCAAGCUACCACAACACUAGUGAAUUUCUUCGGAUCAAAUGGUCAAAGGUUGAGCAGGAUAAAGGAGGAAAAGAUCUAAGAGAAUCUACAGUUUUGGUGGCCCAAAAUGGAAAUAUCAAGAUUGGACAAGGCUACAAAGGGAGAGUGUCAGUUCCAAGCCACCCAGAAGACAUUGGUGAUGCAUCGUUAACUAUGGUGAAAUUGCGGGCAAGUGAUGCUGGGGUUUACCGCUGUGAUGUCAUGUAUGGAAUAGAAGAUACUCAAGACAUCAUCUCACUGGCUGUUGAUGGUGUUGUGUUCCACUACCGUGCAGCCACCAGCAGGUAUACCAUGAAUUUCAAACAGGCUCAGGAGGCUUGUAUAGAGAAUGGCGCUGUUAUAGCAAACCCCGAUCAACUGAAAGCAGCUUAUGAAGAUGGAUUUGAGCAGUGUGAUGCUGGCUGGUUGUCUGACCAGACAGUUAGAUAUCCCAUCAGGUUACCCAGAGUUGGCUGCUUUGGAGACAUGAUGGGAAAGGAAGGAGUCAGAACCUAUGGAUAUCGUCUUCCCAAUGAAACCUAUGAUGCCUAUUGCUAUGUGGGAAGCUUGAAUGGUGAUGUUUUCCAUGUAACUGCUCCCAACAAGCUAACCUUUGAAGAAGCUAAAAGGCAGUGUGAAGCACAGGAUGCGGUUCUUGCAUCUGUCGGUGACCUGCAUGCUGCCUGGAGGAAUGGCUUUGACCAAUGUGACUAUGGCUGGUUGGCUGAUGGCAGUGUGCGCUACCCUGCUUCUGUGGCAAGAAUGCAGUGUGGAGGAGGUUUACUUGGUGUCAGAACCCUCUUUCGCUAUGAGAACCAAACAGGGUUUCCUGACCCAGACAGCCAAUUUGAUGCCUACUGUUUUAAACGCCAAGAUCCAUGCAAAACUAAUCCCUGUCUACAUGGAGGCACGUGCUAUCCACGGGACUCUUUCUACAUUUGCACAUGUAUGCCAGGCUACAGUGGUGAACGGUGUGAAAUAGAUGUUGACGAUUGUCAGUCAAGUCCUUGCAGAAAUGGAGCCACAUGCAUUGAUGGGGACAACACGUUUACUUGCCUUUGUCUUCCAAGUUACGUUGGGGCUCUUUGUGAAAAAGACACUGAAACCUGUGAUUAUGGCUGGCAUAAGUUCCAAGGGCAGUGCUACAAAUACUUUGCCCAUCGUCGGACGUGGGAUGCAGCAGAAAGAGAGUGCCGUCUCCAAGGAGCCCAUCUGACAAGCAUCCUGUCUCAUGAAGAACAGAUCUUUGUGAACCGUAUUGGCCAUGAUUACCAGUGGAUUGGCUUAAAUGAUAAGAUGUAUGAGAAUGACUUCCGCUGGACUGAUGGCAGUGUGUUGCAAUAUGAAAACUGGAGACCAAACCAGCCAGACAGUUUCUUUUCCUCUGGAGAGGAUUGUGUUGUUAUAAUUUGGCAUGAGAAUGGCCAGUGGAAUGACGUACCAUGCAAUUAUCAUCUCACAUACACCUGCAAGAAAGGAACAGUUGCUUGUGGCCAGCCUCCAGUAGUAGAAAAUGCAAAGACUUUUGGGAAGAUGAAGCCUCGUUAUGAAAUCAACUCAUUGAUCAGAUAUCACUGUAAAGAUGGUUUCAUCCAGCGUCAUGUUCCAAUCAUCCGGUGCCAGGGGAACGGACGAUGGGAUUUACCUAAAAUUACCUGCAUGACUCCAUCUUCAUUCCAAAGGACUUAUUCUAAGAAAUAUUAUUAUAAACAUUCUUCACCAGGAAAAGGAAAUUCAUUAAACUCAUCAAAACAUUUCCAUCGUUGGAUCAGGUCAUGGCAGGAUUCAAGGCGUUGAACACACUCUAGCCACAUUGGGAUGCUCGCCGGGCCAGCCAAAGUCCUAAGUUACUGUGCCUUUCUCUAUCAGUUAUAGGAGUAUUAUCAAGAAUUUGUGGAGACAUAAGGACCUCACACAACACAUAUCAACAAUUGCUACAUAUACCACUUUGAAAAGGGAUCCAUUUCCAGCCUAUCCAGUAUGUUAAUUGUUGAGGGACCAUUUGAUGAUCUAAACCAGCAUCCUGUAAUAAUUAAAACUGUUCCAUUUUAGCACCAACGAGAAUGUAAAUAAGAUGAUUUAAUGGUGUCUAAAUGUGUGUUGUGUUCAAAAUCCUGUAUAUACAAUGAGAUGUCACACUAAGUUCAGACUUAUUUAUGGCUAUCUGGCCUCAGAGGUCUUUAAUCAUUUUGAUGUUGUUUGUUUGUUUGUCUUGAGGUACUUCACCAGGCUGGAAAUAGUUUUAGAUUGUUUUUCUGAUCUUUAAAAAAACAACAUGGGGGAAAAAGAGCUAUUGCAAAUGGAAGAUGGACAAUGGAAGUAACACCUUGCUUUAAGAAUACUGAUGGUCUGUUCUCUACAAGAGGUACCACAUAAAACCAUGUGAUGUGAACCUUUCAUAAGGAGCACAAGGGAGAUCCCCCCUGACCUAAGGACUGCAACAGGGAACUUGACCAUUCCAGCUACGGCAUCGACCAAAAGGGACUUGCCUAGAGGACUUUUUUUUAAUGACAAAGAGGGCCUGUAGGAAUGCAAAGUGCUAAUACAAUAAAAUCUCAACCAGGGCCACUUUUUUAAACAUAAGUUUUACAACACUAACCAUAGGUCUAUGUUACAGCUCUCUGCAUUUUAAAGAUGGCAAUAGAUAGACCUACCUUUUUUGUAAAAAAUUAAAAAGUAAAUAAUUUUGUAUAUAUAAAUAUAUAUAACCAUUUUUAAUCCUUUUAUAAAGUAAUGAAUGUUUGUGUAUGAAUGCUGCAGCUGUGAAGCGUACAUAAAUAAAUGAA